AACCGCCAUUAUUAUUCGCCUCAUUUUCGCAUUCUCACAAACCUCACCGGAAGAAGAAGGCGGAGAGCUGCGGCGCAACGCCGAUCGGAAAGAGCAGCGGUGUAAGCGUCGGAGAGGAGAGGUGAGGAGAGGAUCGAUCGGAGGUGUGGAGAGAUGUAUAAGAACCAGCUGCAGGAGCUGGCGCAGAGGAGCUGCUUCAAUCUGCCGUCGUACACGUGCGUCAGGGAGGGUCCCGACCACGCGCCGCGGUUCAAGGCGGUCGUCAAUUUCAACGGCGAGAACUUUGAGAGUCCGCAGUACUGUUCCACUCUGCGCCAGGCGGAGCACUCCGCCGCCGAGGCCGCCCUCGCCUCGCUCUCGUCCCGCGGCCCCUCGCAUUCUCUCGCCGCCCGUAUUCUGGAUGAGACCGGAGUGUACAAAAACCUGUUGCAGGAGAUUGCUCAGAGAGUUGGCUCUCCUCUGCCUUAUUACACGACAAUCAGGUCCGGUUUAGGGCACUUGCCGGUAUUUACAGGGACUGUUGAAUUAGCCGGAAUCACGUUCAGGGGAGAGCCGGCAAAGAACAAGAAGCAAGCCGAGAAGAAUGCAGCGCUAGCAGCUUGGUUGUCUUUAAAACAAUUGGCACAGCAAGAUUCAAGUUUUUCAUCAUCAGAACACGAGAACAGCAACAGCAACAACAACAACGACGAGCAAGAACAGAUCAGAAUCGCGAGGGCAUUGCAGAGCUACCGAGCAAAGCAAAACUCAGGAACAGCAGACUUAAGCACCCUCUUGCUACCAUUCCACAGCAUGAAUCCGCGCCCGUCCAGCCCACAACGUCCGGCGAUGCACACCUCGAAAAUCCUCCCAUUGUUCUCCCAGAAGCCCCCUCCUUCCCGCAUCCAAUUGUCGUCUACAACGAACAAUAUGAUCCACCCCCAUCACAACAACAACAGCAACAGCAGCAGACUGUGUAGGCCGGCUUACCGUGGACUUGCUCCGCCUGUCACUCUGCGAACAUCCGUCCCUGUUUUCUCCGGUAGAGUAAUGCAGCAGCACCAGCAGCAGGUUGCUCCUCCAAUCACCGUCCGGCAGGCUGUCCCGGUUUUCUCUGCUCGCCCGCCACCACCACCACCACGACGUAGUUUGGAAAAGGAUAACCACGAGUGUGUGGAUGAUGUGGAUGAAUCGACUGCCGUGAGGUGCCUGGAACAGCUCGAGAUAUGAUGAUGAUGGUAAUGCAAUAUGUAUUGUAAACAACCAAUUGUCCGGCGUUGCUUGGAUUGGCUUGGCUUCGAUUCUUCUUCCAUCGUUUGAAAUGUUGUAGUAGUGGUAUGUAGCAGUAGAUUAUUACAGGAGUGAGCGAGUGAGUCUGAUGGAUCGAUCGAUGAUGUUUUGUUUUGUAAUCUUGUGUGUGUGGGUGUCUGUAUCGUCAUCGUUCUUGUUAUUGUUGUUGUCUUUGCCCAAAACUCAAGUUCUCAGUUCUACUCUUCUUAUUAUUAAAGAUUAUACUGCCUA